AGGCAGGCGGAAGUGGGUGGAGCUCCGGCUGGCUGGGAAAUGUCAGCCGAUUGACUGGGAGCAGGUUUUCCUUUUCCCGGAGCUCACGGGCCUUCGGGUGAUCACCGCCACGGUCGCCCGGGACUGAAGGAUCCGUGACCCCGGCAGGCUGCGGCGGACGCGAAGCUUCUGAGUCCCUUCCAGACGCUGUCUGGCGAGGUCCGACGAUAUGGUCCAGAACUACCCAUGAGUCAGUUUGGCUGGAGCUCGUGAGCAUUCAAUAAUGAGUGGUGCGGCUUUAGGACUUGAGAUUGUUUUUGUCUUUUUUCUGGCAUUGUUCCUCCUGCAUCGCUAUGGAGACUUUAAGAAACAGCACAGACUGGUAAUCAUCGGCACACUGCUUGCUUGGUAUCUCUGCUUUCUCAUUGUCUUCAUACUGCCGCUGGAUGUCAGUACGACAAUAUAUAACCGAUGCAGGCAUGCUGCUGCAAAUUCCAGCCCUCCUGAAAAUACCAACGUUACGGGACUGGAUGCAUCUGUCACUCCAGCUCCAAGACAGCAUCCAUGUUUCAAGCCGUGGAGUUACAUUCCAGAUGGAAUCAUGCCAAUUUUCUGGAGGGUAGUUUAUUGGACAUCACAGUUUUUGACGUGGAUCCUGUUACCUUUUAUGCAGUCAUAUGCAAGAUCUGGAGGUUUCUCCAUCACCGGCAAGAUCAAAACAGCCCUGAUUGAGAAUGCCAUCUAUUACGGCACUUACUUGCUGAUAUUUGGAGCAUUUCUGAUUUACGUAGCUGUAAACCCACGUUUGCAUUUAGAAUGGAACCAACUUCAGACGAUUGGGAUAGCUGCUGCCAACACAUGGGGUCUGUUUCUCCUUGUGUUAUUAUUGGGGUAUGGAUUGGUGGAAAUUCCUCGGUCAUACUGGAAUGGAGCCAAAAGGGGUUAUCUUCUUAUGAAGACUUACUUUAAGGCAGCCAAACUGAUGACAGAGAAGGCAGAUGCAGAAGAGAAUUUGGAGGAUGUAAUGGAGGAGGUUCGUAAAGUAAAUGAGAGCAUCAAGUACAACCACCCACUGAGGAAGUGUGUAGACACAAUACUUAAAAAGUGCCCUACAGAUUAUCAGGAAAAGAUGGGUAGGAAUAUGGAUGACUAUGAAGAUUUUGACGAAAAGCGCAAUACCUACCCAAGUGAAAAAAGUUUGGUAAAAUUGCAUAAACAGGUGAUUUAUUCAGUUCAAAGGCACCGUCGGACUCAAGUGCAAUGGCAGAUUCUUUUGGAACAGGCAUUCUAUCUAGAAGAUGUAGCAAAAAAUGAAACUAGCGCAACUCACCAGUUUGUUCACACCUUUCAGUCACCUGAGCCAGAAAAUCGAUUUAUCCAAUAUUUUUAUAAUCCUACUGUUGAGUGGUACUGGGAAUGCCUUUUGCGUCCAUGGUUUCACAGGACCCUUGCUGUGGUUUUGUCUAUCUUCUCUGUGAUUGUUGUGUGGUCAGAGUGUACCUUCUUUAGCACAACUCCUGUCUUAUCCCUUUUUGCAGUAUUCAUACAGCUGGCAGAAAGAACAUACAAUUACAUUUAUAUUGAGAUUGCUUGCUUCCUUUCCAUCUUCUUCUUAAGCAUCUGUGUUUACUCUACUGUGUUCAGGAUCCGCGUGUUUAACUACUACUACCUGGCCUCACACCAUCAGACCGAUGCUUAUAGCCUUCUGUUCAGUGGCAUGUUAUUUUGCCGUUUGACUCCUCCUUUAUGUCUUAACUUCUUGGGAUUGACCCAUAUGGAUUCAUCCAUCUCCCACCAGAAUACCCAGCCAACUGCAUAUACAUCUAUCAUGGGUUCCAUGAAAGUUUUAUCCUUUAUUGCAGAUGGAUUCUAUAUAUAUUAUCCUAUGUUGGUAGUAAUUCUCUGCAUCGCUACGUAUUUUAGUUUGGGCACCCGUUGUUUGAAUCUGCUUGGUUUCCAGCAGUUCAUGGGAGAUAAUGAUAUGACAUCAGAUCUAGUUGAUGAAGGAAAAGAAUUAAUCAGACGAGAGAAAAGAAAAAGGCAAAGACAAGAGGAAGGUGAAAAUAGAAGAAGAGAGUGGAAAGAACGUUAUGGACACAACAGAGAGGAUUCCACUCGGAACAGAAACGUCCAUCCUGACCCCAAAGAGUCAAAUUUCUCAGACACGACUACCAACUGGUCAUCCAAAUACACCAGGGCUAAUAACAGGACUGAAAGAGACCGAAUAGAACUUCUCCAGGAUGCUGAGCCUCUGGAUUUUAAUGCAGAAACGUUUACGGAUGAAUCUCUGGAACCUGAGUCAGGAAGGUAUCAACCUGGUGGGCGAUAUCUCUCCAUGUCUUCCAGUAUAAUAUUUGAAGAUAUCUAAAGUCUGAAGUAAUUCUUGGAUCAAGUAACCAAGGUCAACACAUGAGCUCAGCCUUUAUGAACAUCUUUGUGCCCUGUAUUUCCUCUGUUCUCUCUGUAAACGGUGUGAGGAUAACAAAAACAGCAUUGAAAACCGAUCAUAUCUUAACAAUAUUAGGCUAUAGUUUGUUGAAUAGAGCAUCCUCUUUUCUGAUAGGCUUUAUUGGGUACCAUCUGAAGCAUCUGCCUUAGAAGUGUAGUUAAGUGGAAGGAUUCAACUCAUGAUAAACAUAGAGCUAACUUGGUUUCAUGCUAAUUUUUUAGGAAAGUUAUUUUAAAGUUCAAUGAAGCCAUAAGUCACACUAAAUUCUACAAUUUUAUAACUGUAAUUUAAAUUUUUACUAUUUCUUUAAAAAUGUUCAACCUACAUUUUCCAAAGAACUGAAAGUGAACUGAGACCUCAAAUAAUUACUGUAUUCACUAAACUCAUGUCUUAAAACAAGGUUUAUGAUUCAGACAUAACUGAAUGUAAACAGCUCUUCUUCAGAUUUGUAUACACUUACGUGGGAUUGAUUGUGCAUGUACAAUUAAGAUGAUUCUUCAAUUGAUAGUGUUAGUGUCCUGAGCAUGUGUAUUCUAAUUGGGUGAUGUAUUAUUCUUCUCCGUCUUUGUAGUAACUGGAUCUUUUUAUGGUUUUGACAUUAUUGCUUUGUAAAAGAUUUUCAUUUCAGAGAAAAAUAUUCAUCUUUAACAUUUAGAAUAUUGACUUAAUGCUAAUCAUUCCAUCCAAGAAAAAUCCUAAGUAUUAAUGAUGAAUAGAUUUGUUUGUUUUAUAGCCAAAGAGUUCCCCAGAUUCUCUAAUAUUUAAAUUUUUUUUAAGAUUUAUUUUAUUUACAUAAGUACACAGUAGCUGUUUCCAGACACACCAGAAGAGGACAUCAGACCCCUUUACAGAUGGAUGUGAGCCACCAUGUGGUUGCUGGGAAUUGAACUCAGGACCUUUGGAAGAGCAGUCAAUGCUUUUAACCUCUGAGCUCUCUCUCCAGCCCCAAUUCUCUAAUAUUUAAAAGAUGCCUGUUUAUGCUCCUUGUAAAGAAAACAUCUGGCUGUUCAGCUAUUGAAUGGUAAAAAUAAAAAUAAUCCAUUUAUGAGUAUUGCUAACACUUAAAUUAUAGCAUAGAAAAAAACCCAGAAAAAUGUAUUUGAAUGAAAUAUGUAGUAAUAACUUGUUUGUUAAACAUGCUUAUUAUUUUAGAUUGGUUGUUUCAACCUUUGCAUUUAAGCCAAAGUUGGGUAUUAUGUUUUAAAGAGCCAGUGUUUUAUUCCCAAAUGAACAUGGCUUAGCAUGUGUUAGCAGGGAUUGUUCUAUUUGUGUUUCUCACAGAAUACGUUCUACAUGGGGUGGUCAGACUUGAACUUGUCCAGGGCAGUUUCUCACCUGUUCCCCUGCAGUUAUUACAAGUGCUCAAGUGUUACUCUGUCAUAUGUCGAGGACAUAGUUCUAUGUAGGUACUGAAAGGAAGUAUUCAUUUCUCAUUAUCUUUUUUUUUAAAUGGUUGCAUUUUUUAUGACCUUCCAUAUAGAUUCCCCCUUUAAAUCAUUAUCAAUAGAUAGAUUUACUCUGAAUUGAAGGUUGCAUAGCCCGCUUGAUCCUAGGACACAUUUGCAUAUAACCUUUUACUGUGAAUGCAGUCAGAGAGCAGUUGACCAGAACAGUGAUAAUGGAAUGCUGCUUAUAAUUUCAUGAUUGGUUUCUGGAAUAACUUAGGCAGAUCACGGAACCUUUCAGUGCCUCAGUUUCUUCAUUUUCAGAAUGAAGGACGUAUUUACUACUUUCCUACUGAUCUACCUCUCUAACCUGUUGUGAGGGAGUUAAAGUGAUGAUCAUGUGCUGGGGUUAAGAAAGAGGAAGCAAGUUGUCUGCUGUGCUGUGCCCUUGUGCCCUUGCUUUCCGUCCCUCCCCUCCUCCCUCCUCACUCCUCCCUCCCUCCUUCCCUCCCUCCCUCCCCUAGUACUUUGAAGGGACACGGAUGGUUAUCACAGAAAGGGUCUUUGAGAACGUUGAAGUCCCUAAAGCAAAAUGAACUAGUUUGUCUGAAGGUGAAAUAGUGACUCGCCAUUUGUUCUGUGGAUUUAUUUUGAAAUAUUUUUCUUAAAUAUGUUUUUGGGUUUUUUUCCCCUUAAUACUCAGAUGCUACUGUCAGAGUAGAAGGAUAAAAAGAGGACUGUCCCGUUUUACUUCUAACUUUUAUAAUGCUCUGAGACAGAAUGAUAGGAAUAUGCAAAGGGGUUCAGGCCCUUCCCCUUAGGGUGACACUAGCAGAAGUGUACACUGUGUGCAGAUGCCUCACAAAGACUGCAGCUCUCUGUAGGUUUGAGUUCUUUCCACAGUGAGUUUGUGAUGUUUCAAUGAUCCAGAGUGUUCAAAAUUUUAAAGAGUUUUUCUUACAGGGUUUUGUCCCCAACCAUAUAGAAAAGUUACUUUGCUGCGUAAACUUGAGUUUAGAAGGCAGUGGUUUCAAGCUGAAAGCAUUGACUUUAUUGCUGAGGAAUUAAGUUAAUAUUUAUUAAGCUGCUCUGUAUAAAGCAUUGAUAGUGUGUACAGUAUUUUUUCAGACACGUAUUAACAUAUAAUGACACAGUCACAAAAAUAUUACUACAGAAUUCACAUGCUUUAUGUACAAAGUGGCUUCCUUAAAGAAUUAUUUCUGGUACUCUUUUUCUUACAUGUUAACAAACAUCAUAGAAUUAUGUAAAAUUUUGAUUUUUUUGAGACAAAGUUUCAUGUAGCCCAGGCUGGCCUCAGACUCUGUAUGUAGCUGAGGAUGGCCCUGAAGUCCUGAUCCCCCUCCACCUCCCAAGUGCUGCAACCAUAGAAAUGCGCCACAGCACCAUGAUCAAUAUUUUUAAAUAAUUAUUAAUUAAGAAUAUUUAACAAGCUAAUAACUCUAUUAUAGAAAAAAGUCUAUAAAUUUCAAGAAUCAGUUAUAUGUGUUGUUAAUUUACUUUUUAAAAUUAUAUAACCCUUUUGUUAAUAGCACAUUUUUGUAAAAGAAUUUUAAGAAGAAUUAAAAUAUAAAUAUAAUUAUAAAUAUUUGCUAUUGGACCACAUACAAGAGUUUUAGGAUAGUUUCAUCUCACAGAGGAUCUCAUCUCACAAAAGUGUUAAGAGUUAAAUCAAAGCAUGAAAAUCCCCAUCAUAAAAACCCAUCAGAUCCAACAGUCCACAGUGUCCAAAAAGGAAAGGUUGCUGGUUGAUAUGUAUCUGGCCUUUACAAUUUCAAUUGUCCAAUGUAACAUGUAAGCAUAAAAUAUGUUCAAAUCGAGUGUGGGUAGGAACGUCACUGUGUGUUUUUAAAGUAUAUUUUAGCAUGCUAAUGGACAAAUUUCAUUUAUGUUUAUUUACAGACCUCAUUUUAUUCCUUUAAUAGGUUUAAGGAAUUUUUUCAAUAGUAUAUCGAUUACCAUAUUACAGGGAAAAUAAAACCUUUAGCUACAUUUCAGGCUGUAAAGUAAAAUUUAUACUUAAAAUUUGAAUGGGCCAUGCCUGAAAAAUUACAAGGAUGAUAGUACAUUUGUACAAAGAGACAAAACAUGUCCCUAAGGAAUUAUACACACUUGCAUUUCAAAGUGCAGUGGACUGUACAGUACUGGACGUUAAAAGCUGAGAGGUAAAUGCGUGUAGGAUUUGUCUUUCUCUGUGCCUCCCUCCCUCCCACCUCCCUCCCACCACCCUCCCACCUCCCUUUACAACAUGGCUUUCAUGUGCUGAUAGGCUUUUCUCUUUUGUUUAUGUACACAGUUGAUAAUGAGCAGUACACUCAAGGAACUACUUUACUUCAAAUCCCACUCAGUGAAAUCGCAGUCUUGUACCUGAAGUAGUAAAACACAUUUUGCUAGACUAGUGAACAAUGUCUGAAUAGAAGCACAGUGCAUACUAGCUCAGUGCGUUUUCUUUGAUGUUACUAAAGAGGACACUGCAGUAAAAAUGUUUUCACUGUAAAGUUUUGUAUAAAAUGAUUUUUAAAAACUCAACAUUAAGAAUGUGAGAUAUUUCAUCAUAAAAAGGAAUUCAUAAAAGUGCACAUGUUAAAAGUGGAAUAGAUUAAGGGUUACACACCAGGCUGUGGCACAUGCCUUUAAUCCCAGCCCUUGGGAGGCAAGAGGCAGGUGGAUUUCUGAGUUUGAGGCCAGCCUUGUCUACAGAGUGAGUUUGAGGACAGCCAGGGCUACACAGAGAAACCCUGUCUCAAACAAAACAAAACAAAACAAAACAAAACAACAACAAAAUUAAGGGUUGCAAGAAGAGUGAAAUUUGAUUUCUUUUUGGAUAGUACUUCCAAAUCAGUGGCUUUUGUUGCUAGAGACUUGGAAGCCCAGGCAGGUUUGGCACCAUUUCUGGGUCUCAGCCCUGUGAGCCAUCCUCCUGCCCUCCUUUCUCCUGCCAAGGGAUCAUGCUCUCACCUCCAUUUCCUUCCAUAUUAGCCACUGUAACAAUAACAAAGUUCCAUUCUCAAAUGAUUUCUGGGUGGAGAUCAGGUGAGGUCUUGCUAUAAUUUAAAAGGUUCUUAAUAAAGUAAGACUGUGUAAUUCUGCUACUAUCUUAAAAGAUGUUUUUGCUUCUUCCUAGAAAACCCUUCCUUUUAUGAUUAUAUUGGUAACUUGUAAAAGAAUUUUGUUGUGUUUGAUGCAAAAGAAUAUUGGGAGUGGCUGACUGUGGCAGACAUGUAAGGCAAAUCCACAGCCUAUUAAAGUGCACAGCAUUUGCAUUUGGUAUUAUGGCAUAAAUCUCUAUCUUUAUUGAAAGAAUACUGGCUAAUAUCUUCCCUGUUAGGCAUGCCAAGUUGUAGGGGAGAGAUUGUGUUAUUUAUUUAUUUUUUUUUAAACAAUCCAAUGGAUUUGUUUUUGUCUGUAUUUUGAGAACAACUUGAAGGAUUUUUUUUUCAUUUUAGAAGAUAGAGUAUGUAUACCUGCCUUUUAAGUUACUAUAACCUAAUAUAUAUAAAUUAUAACAUUGAAAAGUGCAAAAAGCUCUAAUUAUUGAUGUUAUUUCCCUGGUAUUUAAUUUUUAUAAAUGGUUUUGUAAGUAAAUAAUUGUAGUAUUGCUUUGAGUAGUUUAAAGUCAUCCUUAAAUAAGUUCUGACUCAACAUACUGCCUUAGUACAAUAUUCUAAAGUGAAGUACUCUGAUGUGAAUUUGAAACAUGCCUGCAUUUUCUAAGUUUCUUCAUAUGUAUAUGUACAUACACCAGUACCCAAGAAAAGCAUACCAGAAGCCUGAUUUCCACAUUGCAUUGAUAAGGAGCUUGGUCUUUUGCCUUCAUAUAAUUCAGUUGCCUGGGUGAAAUAGAACAUAAAUCUCUUCAAAUGUCUGUCCAUUCACAGUUUUCAAAAUGGUAACUUUUCAUCUGGGGAAGCAUGAUGCCAAGUUUAUCUGUAAUCAGCUCUAUUACUGGAUGUAUAACAACAGACAUUUUCCUACCUGGUCAGUAGGUUGUAGAUUUAACUGUUGUUGCUUUUUUCCCCCCAGUAGAUUUUCACUACAUUUUCAAAUCUAUAUUUGGAAAAACCUGCAAAGUGCUAUGAGUAAGUUAGCUAGCAUCUUUGGCCUUAUCUAUGCAUAACGUUUCUUAGCUUAAUUUUGACAAGCUCACUGACAGGUAAUUCCUUUGUAGUGUUGUAACUUACUGUGACGUAAUGAUUUUUUUUUAAUGUUUAUAUGAUUCAUUAUUAAAAUAUAGGAUAUUGUAUAGCUUUGCAUGAAAUAAAUGACAUCUCUAUGAA